GGGAGCCGGGUGUGGGAAGCGUGGCGGCCCCGCCCCGUCUCCUGGACUAGCCGCGGCCGCCAGCGCCGCCGCAGCCGCAGGGACCGGCGGACGCAGCAAAGGCUUGCGGUGCGGGCCGGAAGUUCCCUCAGGAAAACCACACAUCUCCGCAGCCCACCAUGGCAGACGAAAUUGAUUUCACUACUGGAGACGCAGGGGCUUCUAGCACUUACCCUAUGCAGUGCUCAGCCCUGCGCAAAAACGGCUUCGUGGUGCUCAAAGGACGACCAUGCAAAAUCGUGGAGAUGUCAACUUCCAAGACUGGAAAGCAUGGUCACGCCAAGGUACACCUUGUUGGAAUUGAUAUUUUCACUGGCAAAAAAUAUGAGGAUAUUUGCCCUUCUACUCACAACAUGGAUGUCCCGAACAUUAAGAGAAAUGAUUAUCAACUCAUAUGCAUUCAGGACGGCUACCUCUCCCUGCUGACAGAAACUGGUGAAGUCCGGGAGGAUCUUAAACUGCCAGAAGGUGAACUGGGAAAAGAAAUAGAAGGGAAAUACAAUGCAGGUGAAGACGUGCAGGUGUCUGUCAUGUGUGCCAUGAGCGAGGAGUAUGCUGUGGCCAUAAAGCCCUGCAAGUAGGACCGUCCACACAAGCAAGUCCACUAGGUCUGCAUCUAGCCGUUCCAAAGCUAUGGCCUUCACAAGCAACCUCAUGUUUUAUGUUUUUAUUGUUUUUAAAUUGUGCUAGCUUCAUUUUGCAGGCAGUUAGUAACUUUAAGAGAACAUAUCAAGAUGUAUAAUUUUGUAAGUAUCUUUCCUGUUACUUUCCUGUGGUUUUCAUUGUGUGACCAUAAGAAACAGAUACAACAGCUUCAGUCAAUGUCACUGUCUGAGCAAAUCACUCCUGAACUUAUGUGGUUAACAAACCAGGGUUUUAAAUCGACAAUGUAGCAUUUAGUGGAAUGGAAAUAUCAUGCAUUUUAGUUGAACUGCUCUGUGCUAAUUUCAGACUUAAUAUCUAGAAUUCAUAGAUUAUUAAAUGGAAUUGUCAAAGCUCCAGGCUCUGUGUGGCAAACUUGCAUCCUGAAACUAAACUCUUGUUAUCAAUAAGUGUCAUUAUCUUGGUGGCCAGGUGUCCCAUGUAUUACCUCUAUCAUGGUUUUCUUUGCCAGAUUGGUGACAGAGCUCCAUUGUGGUGUGUGUGCGUGUGUGUGUGUGUGUGUGUGUGUGU